CCAGCCCCGCAAGCGGGCCCGCCCCUACAUCUACCAAGACCCCAGCGGGAUUCGUCCCAUUCUCAAUUUCUCCCUCACGGUCGGACAAGUCAUCGGCAUCCCCGUGGUCGCCAAGUACGAGCUCGAGCGCUGGCAUGUCGCCCACUGUUAAUUCCAGUGCAGAUGCGUCCUCCAUUACGUCACCUUCCUCGUCAUCCGAGUCCACCUUGACCAACGCCACCAGAGACGGGUUUGGCGGACGCCCAAUCUACUUGGAUAUGCAAGCGACGACGCCAACCGAUCCGCGUGUCUUGGACAAGAUGUUGCCAUUCUACACUGGAUUGUACGGGAAUCCCCACUCGUCGACCCACAGCUACGGCUGGGAAACCGAGGCUGAGGUGGACAAGGCGCGUGCCCACAUCGCUAACGUCAUCAAAGCGGACCCUAAGGAGAUUAUCUUCACUUCCGGCGCCACCGAGUCAAACAACAUGGCGUUGAAGGGGGUGGCGCACUUCUACGGCAAAACCAAGAGGCACAUCAUCACCACCCAGACCGAACACAAGUGUGUGUUGGACACUGCCAGACACUUGCAGGACGAGGGCUUUUCUGUCACGUACUUGCCAGUCGAUGCGAUGGGAAUGGUCAGUUUGGCCGAGUUGGAAGCCGCCAUCAGAAAGGAUACAUGUCUCGUCUCCGUCAUGGCGGUCAACAACGAGAUUGGUGUCAUCCAGCCGUUGGCGGAGAUCGGAAAGAUCUGCCGCAAGCACAAGGUGUUCUUCCACACCGAUGCCGCCCAGGCGUUUGGUAAGAUUGAGAUCGAUGUGAAUGCGUGUAACAUCGACUUGAUGUCGAUCUCGUCGCACAAGAUCUACGGGCCAAAGGGGAUGGGGGCCUGUUUUGUGCGCCGGAGACCAAGAGUGAGAUUGGAUGCACUUGUCAACGGUGGGGGACAGGAGAGAGGGUUGAGAUCCGGGACCUUGGCGCCGCCUUUGAUUGCGGGGUUUGGUGAGGCUGCGAGGUUGAUGACCGAGGAGUUUGAGACUGACAACGCACACAUCAAGCGUUUGUCCGCUAAACUCACCUCUGCUCUCCUCGAGAUUCCAGAAACCACCUUGAACGGUUCCUCCGUGCACCGUCACGCCGGAUGUGUCAACAUUUCUUUUGCCUACGUCGAGGGAGAAUCUUUGUUGAUGGCCUUGAAGGACAUUGCCUUGUCCUCUGGUUCCGCCUGUACCUCCGCUUCUUUGGAGCCUUCUUACGUGUUGCACGCCUUGGGCAAGGACGACGCCUUGGCUCACUCCUCCAUCAGGUUUGGGAUUGGUAGAUUCACGACCGAGGAGGAGAUGGACUACGUUAUCAAGGCCAUCAAAGAACGUGUCGAGUUUUUGAGAGAGAUGUCUCCACUUUGGGAAAUGGUCCAGGAAGGCAUUGACUUGAACAGUAUCGAGUGGAGUGGUCACUAAGCAGAGCAAAUUCUGACCCAACCCAUACCCCUCGCCAGGGUUACCUUAUCUUGUAUGUACUGAAUUUUUUAUUAUGCUUAGUUAAUGUAAAUGAGUAGAAUGCGGACAAUAUAAAGAGUCUUUCGCCGUAUCGGAAAAUCGC